AUGGGUGAAGCAGUAGUUGAUGCCAAUGUCAUUAACAAUGCUGCACGGAAUGAGGACACGCCUAUGAACAAUGAUCCAUUCAUGGCAAAGUUGUUUGGAAUGCAGACACAAGGAUCUAGUGUACGUUCUAGUUUUCAGCAUCGCCAAGAGUUGGAUGAAUACCUUGCCAGACCAAUUGAGAUAAUUGGGACUUGCGAUAUCCCAGUGGGACUUGGGAAAACCCAUUCUCCCAAACUUUUAAUACUGUCCCAUGACGAAGUUGCCUAUAAGCAUGCCAUCCCAGCCCAGCCCAGUCCCAGCUAUUGCGAGUCCUGGUCGGACUUCAACUAUUGGAUGGAAGUGCGCCAUCACUUGACAUGUAUACACACAUUGAGAAUCUACAAACACUUCAAGCUGAUGCCUCGAGAACAAGACCAAAUAGACGUACUAUACGCAACGCAUGGUGAUACUCAAGAAGAAUUGGUGAGACGUGCUGUCUCGGAGAACCUGCACAUGGUUUUGCAGUAUUACGAUCCUCGGCAAGCUAUUACAACAUGGCCCAUGCGUGGUGACCGCUACAACAAUCAAUAA